AUGAAGCUGUUUGUCACUGUUCUUCCCCUUUUGCUCGUGCAGCUUCUGGAUGGGGAUCUGCAUGCUUUCACGCAGCACCUCCUUCCCACAAUAGUCCCAUGUGGCCCCAACUGUUGCAAGCAGUUGGUCGGCUGCUCCAAACUUCAACUUCUUCGCGAGCAACUUCUCGCACCAACUGCUCCGUGCCUGUCUCCAAAAUCGGGCGCGGAGGAGUGUAAGGACAUCAGCAAUUGUUGGAUUUAUCGAGUCGGGUGGCUCCGCCUCAGCAAAAGAAUUUCAAAUCAGGCAGAUAUGAGCAGGUACAUCUAA